AUGGCCGCUACAGCUACUAUCUCUUCUCUCCCUCCGGCAUCAGCUCCGACCUUUGGUAUCACCCCUGCUGCUUUGCCCCCACCUGGCCAACCUGAUAUAUCCUACCACCCAGAUUGGGACAAAUACCAAGCACGUGUAGCUCGCCGGGCCCAGACAGAGGAUCUCACUAAAUCCCUCCCCGAAGGCUUCCCCAAGGAGCUCAAGGGAGACCUCGUUUGGGACGGAGAGACUCUUGCCCAGAAGUAUGACUGGACGUACGUUCUUUCAGCUGCUCAACUAGAGGAGAUUAGCAAGGCCCUUACACACUUUAAAUCCCUUAACAUUUCCAAGGGCUAUAUCACACAGGAGACCUUUCCCCUCCCCACGCUACAUGACGAGUUGCGCCGCCUAUCUCGUGAAUUGCACUUCGGUCACGGCUUCUUCGUCCUCAGAGGUCUAGAUGUUGAUCGCUACACCCGCGAGGAGAAUAUCAUUAUAUACGCAGGAGUGUCUUCCCACAUUGGCUCCAUAAGGGGACGCCAGGAUGCUUACUUCCAGGGCGAGCGUGCUGAUGUCGUUAUCGGACACAUCAAGGACGUUCGCUCAGGCCUCGGCGAGUCUAGGGACAAGAGCAAGAUCAAGAUCGGAACGCCUGCCUAUACUGCUGAUAAACAGGUCUUCCAUACUGACUCAGGCGAUAUCGUUUCUCUGUUCGCUCUCUCCACAGCGGCGGAGGGAGGAGCUAGUCGUCUAGCCAGCACAUGGCGAGUGUAUAACCACAUCGCCGCCACGCGCCCAGAUCUCAUUCACACUCUGAGUGAGCGCUGGGAUGCAGAGCUCUUCACAAAGACAGUCAAUGACACUGACAAAUUUAUGAGCCGCCCAUUAAUUCAUCAUCUGCCAGCCAGUGUUGAUGGCAAGACCCCCGACAGAAUCCUUCUUCAGUAUGGGCGUCGGUACUAUGUUGGCUUCGGAGACAUUCCACGUGGCAAGCACCUGCCGCCUAUCACUGAGGCCCAGGCUGAGGCUCUCGACACCCUGCACUUUCUGGGUGAACGUUUCAGCGUUUCGACCAAUUUUGAGAAGGGUGACAUGCAGUAUGUCAACAAUGUGGCCAUUUUCCACGCCCGCGACGGUUUUACGGAUACCGAGGAUAAGCAGCGACAUUUGCUUCGGCUAUGGCUUCGUGACCCUGAAUAUGCAUGGGAGACUCCCACUGCGCUCGCCUCGAGAUGGGAGCGAGUCUACGGUGGUGUGACGCCUGAGUUACAGACAUUUCCCCUUGAGCCUCACACUCGUAGUGAAAGCACAGCGGUGACAAAAUGA